AUGCCAAAAGUGAAGUAUCUCGAUGUGUCCACAACCCUCCUGAUAUUUGCACUGAGUGUAAUCAUAAAAACCUACAAGAUAGAAAACGGGAACUUUGUUAUUUGGGAUGAGGCACACUUCGGCAAAUUUUCGGAAAAAUACUUGUCUAGGAAGUUCUACUUCGACGUUCAUCCUCCUCUAGGGAAGAUAUUGACCUCGCUUGGAGGAUAUCUCUUCAACCAGCCAUUGGACUUUGAGUUCAAAUCUGGAGAGAAAUUUCCCCAAGGGUUUGAUUAUUCAGGAAUGCGAAGGUUCCACUCAGUCAUAGCAUCUUUUACGCCUGUUUUUGGAUAUCUCAUGCUCAGGGAGAUGGGAUAUUCAUAUAGGCGUAGGGCCGUUCUGUCUCUAAUGUUCAUAUUUGAGAAUGGAUUCACAUCCAUCGGAAGGCUCAUACUUUUGGAUUCCCAUCUCUUGACAUUUACAGCAGCCGUUGCAUACUUUAUGACAAGAAUGUAUUUUAGAUCGAAGAAAAGAGUAGACCUCCCCUCCAUUUUUUUUCUGGGCAUAACUCUAGGCUGUGUUAUGAGCAUCAAAUGGAUAGGUUUUUUGACAAUGAGCCUGGUUGGAACAUUUACCAUAUAUCGUCUAUGGUGCAACGUAACUUCUAAGGAAAGCAUUCUUGCCUUUGCGAAGCUGUUCCUUGUAAAAGCAUUCUUCCUAAUUGGCAUUCCCUCAUUUUUGUAUGUUUUUCUGUUCUACAUUCAUUUUGCGAUAGUUAAUAGAAGUAGCAGUGAUGAUGGGCAUAUGAGCUCACUUUUCCAGGCCACACUCAAGGGAAGCGACAUCAGCAAUAAUAGAAAGUACCCGCUAUUUGGAACAAAGAUAACCAUCAAAGCAUCCAAAGUAGGUGGAGGAUAUCUUCAUUCCCACGACCAUAAAUAUCCAGAUGGAGAAAACAACCAGGUAACCAUCUAUCACCACAAAGACGAGAAUAACGGAUGGGUAUUCCAGAAGGUGACGGACGACCUUGAAGAUGCAGACUUUAUAGAGUCUGGUGAUACCGUGGUCCUAUUGCAUAUGGAAACAAGAAAGUACUUGGAUGUCCCUGGCAAUCACUCUCUUAUCUCAAGCGGAUUGAGAGCAGAGUCUUCUGGGAGCCAUCUCUCCGAUACAAACUUGUUUAAGGUCGAAAUAGUGAACGACUCUCUAAAGAAAGAAGACCGAAUGAAGACCCUUACAACCAAGUUUAGGUUGUUAAACAUCAAACACAAUUGCUACCUUAGGCCUUCAUCGAAGAAGUAUCCCUCUUGGGGGUUUGAGCAGGGAGAGGUUGUCUGUACUACGAAAAAAGACAAGGCCUCCCUUUGGAAUGUCGAAGAAAACGUUACUAACAAGCUUGAUGAGGAAAGAAACCCUAUAUACAAAGAGAUUGCAGAAUACCCGUUUAUCAAAAAGUUCAUAGAACACAACAAGACCAUGUUUAUCACAAAUGCCUCCUUCGUCCAGGAUGAGGACCUUGAGCCAGAAAGAAUAGUUUCAAGGCCACAUGAGUGGUUUACCCUCAGACGAGGGCUGAGAAUGACUGCAUGGGACGGGCAGAAUGAGAAGUUCUAUAUGUUUGGAAACCCGCUUAUAUGGUACUCUUCAGGUAUCUGCAUAAUCCUUUCUCCCCUUAUUCUUCUUUCUAGGGUCAUCAGCCGCAAGAGAAGGGGAAAGCCACUGACCUUCCUAAAGAGUGAGGGUUAUAUGGUCUUUUUGUCGUGCUGUGGAUGGUUUCUGCACUAUAUUCCAUUCUUCUUUGUCAAAAGAGUACUGUAUUUCCACCACUACUACCCCGCUUUGUUUUUCGCAUUAUUUUCAUUGUGCUAUAUUAUGAAGUUCGUUAAGUUCAGGUUUGUUGUCGUGUUCAUGUCUGCGGUGAUUAUAUCCUUUUUCCUAUAUUCAAGUCUGACAUACGGGUUUAAGGAAGAAACAUCAUUUCUUAGGAGAAUCAGCAUGGUUCCUACCUGGGAUUUCAUAGAGAAGGGGUGA